AUGGCCGGUAAACAAUACUCAUGGUCAGAGCUUGCCAAGCACUGUACCGAAGACGAUUGCUGGGUUGCAAUCGAAGGAAAGGUUUAUGAUAUUACAAAGUGGUUACCACAACACCCAGGUGGAAAGCAAAUUUUGAUGUUGUCAGCUGGUAGAGAUGUUACCAAUCUUUUCGAAAGCUAUCAUCCAAUGUCUGACAAACCACAAUCACUCAUUGGAAAGUACCAGAUCGGUGUUCUCUCAUCACUCGAACAUCCAAAAUACGUAGAGAAGAGCAAGUUCUAUUCGACAUUGCGUGAUCGUGUUAGAAACCAUUUCGUCAGCACCUCGCAAGACCCACAGAUGUCCGUCUCGAUGUUGACUCGUGUCGCAUUCGUCAUCCUCUUACAAGUCACACUAUAUUAUCUCUCACAUUUCAUGACCACCAACUUUUUGCUCAACUGUAUUCUCGCCGUUUGUUACGGUAUCGCCGAGUCUUGGUUAGCCAUGCAUUUGAUGCAUGACGCUUGCCACGCCGCUCUCACUCACUCGCCAGCCGCCUGGAUGUGGUUGGGUGCCGUCUUUGAUUUCCUCACCGGUGGAUCGUUCUACGCUUGGAACCAUCAACAUGUCAUCGGUCACCAUCUCUACACCAACGUUCGUGGUGCCGAUCCAGAUGUCGGUGAAGGUGAAAUCGAUUUCCGUAUUGUCACUCCAUACCAAACUCGUGAGUGGUACCACAAAUACCAACACAUCUACGCACCAAUCCUCUACGGAUUGUACGCUUUCAAGACCCGUAUCCAAGAUUCCGAGUCGUUCAUCAAGCGUACCAACGGUGCCAUCCGUGUCGGUACUCCAUCGAACUGGGACCUCUACACCUACCUCCUCGGAAAGGCUUCAUUCAUUUUCUUCCGUGUCAUCCUCCCACUCCAAUACCACAGUGUUUCCAGCUUGGCCUGUUACAUUAUUAUCGCUGAGCUCGUUUUCGGAUACUAUUUGACCAUCAACUUCCAGGUCAGCCACAUCGCCACCGACUUGAAGUUCUACGCCACCCCAUCUAAGCCAGAGGAUCCAACUCAAUUGGACGAGGACUGGGCCAUCGCUCAAGUCAAGACCACUCAAGACUACGGUCACAACUCGGUUGCCUGUACAUUCCUUUCCGGUGGUUUGAAUCACCAAGUCGUUCACCAUCUUUUCCCAUCGAUCGCCCAAGAUUUCUAUCCACAGAUCGUACCAAUCUUGAAGGACGUCUGCAAGGAGUACGGUGUCAAAUACCACUUCAAAGAAACCUUUACUGAGGCCAUCAAGUCGCACAUCGAUUAUCUUUACAAGAUGGGUAAUGACCCAGAUUACGUCAAAUUGCCAACCAGCAACAAGAAAUCAAAGUAA